GGUGUGUCUUUUAGCAGAACCAAAUUUUUGAAGGACAAGAAGGUAAAUAAGUGGAAUAAGGUAAAUUGGAAAUUUGACUAAACAAAAGGGCUAAAGUAUAAUACUACUAAUAUUUUCAGGCCCAAUACGAGAAGCCUCUAUAUACCACAUACUUCGACGCUAGCAAAAAAAAACCUUUACUAAACCCUGCCGGGGACGCCGCCUCCGCCGCCUGGCUUCACCGUUCCGUCGCAAUUUCUUGGUAUUCAUCUCCUCUCUCUUUCUCAACCGUCUAUUAGUUUCUUUGUCAUGUUAUAUCAGAAAUUAUGCUGUCGAUUAUGCCAAUAUUAUUAUUACUGUGCUGGGGGGAAAUUUGUAGUGAAACCUGUUCAAGAGCUUCUAGGGUUCUUUUUUCCUUUUUUCUUUUAUUAUUAUUAUUAUUAUUUUUUUGGUAAAGAAAAAUGAUUCGGGAUAGCGGCUGCUAGUUUUUGCGUGUGGGUUUGCCUAAUAUGUUUACUGGGAAGAAGACGAUUAUUCAGUCUAGUGAUUCUUCGCUUUUAUUUGAUUGAUUCUUCUCCGUAGUGCAAAUGUUGGAUCUUUACUUCUUCUUUUUUUUUGAAUCAAAUGGCCUUAGAAAUUGAUGAUUAUAAAUAGAAGGAAGGAAGGAAGGACAGUACCUCUUUGUCUUUGUCCAUUUCUGAACAUCUUUUGAUGUUACAUCAGAAUAUCUACGAUUGUGCUGCAGAACUAUGGUUUAUUUGGUUCUCGCCCUUUUCAUCUUAAGUUUUAUUUGGUUCUCGCCCUUUUCAUCUUAAGUUUCCUCAGCUUGUUUAAGUUUUGUGAAUCUUUUGGUCAAUAGAUUGUGCGUUUGUUUUAGUAUUCAAGCUCUAACUUGCUCUGUGUACAACACAGAUUUAUUCAUUAGCCCAGAGGCAUCAUGAGGUUGGAAAAAUGCUGGUUUUGUUCUUCUACUAUAUACCCUGGACAUGGUAUCCAAUUUGUUCGCAAUGAUGCCAAGGUAGAGUGCAUUUUGUUUCUAUGAGUUUGUUGAGGAAAUGCUAAGUCCUUUUUUUUAUUUUUUUUCCAGAGUGUUAUUAUUCAACAGGCUAGUUAUGUAUAUUUGCUUGAGCAUUAUUUGGCAAGCUAGUAUCUUUAGAGAAUCAUUUUUUUUUCUUUCUGCAUCUGUCUUGGUGCUCAAAGCUAAAUAAGUGAAGUUUCCAUUCUGUUUCACUUGUGGUUGUAAAAGAGGUUCUUUUUCAGAUCUUCAGAUUUUGUAGAUCAAAGUGCCACAAAAAUUUCAAGAUGAAGAGGAAUCCCCGUAAGGUCAAAUGGACUAAAGCUUAUAGAAGAUUGCAUGGAAAGGACAUGACUCAGGACUCGACAUUUGAAUUUGAGAGAAAACGAAACCGGCCGGAGAGAUACGAUAGGAAUGUCACGGAGAAUGUGCUGAAAGCCAUCAAGAAGAUCAGUAAAGUCAGGCAUGCUAGAGAGGAGGAACACCACAGACAAAGGAUGAAAGGAAAUAAGGUCAUGAAGCUGAAAGAAGAUGCCAAAGAGUUAGAACAAAGCAUUCAUUUAGUCGGACCACUGGUGAAGAAGGAUGAUAUGAAGAAGGAGAAGAUAAUACCUCUACGAGAAGAUCACAGGAUGGAAGAGUAACAUCACCCCUAUUGCAGCCUUCACAAAGUCUCCAAUUUCCAUUUUUCUUUUUUAAUUUUAUUUUGUGCUGUUUUAUGAGGGCAAAGACAUCCAACUCCAUUGGUGUCAUUUUGGCCAGAAAAGGUUCAUUAAGCAUAGGAAAGUAUCAGUUUCAUGGUGAUGUCAUUAGAGCAAUUUAUUAAUGUCAUGGGACCCUUAAUUUAUUGUUUUGGGAGCUUUUGUACUACUCGAGAAUCCAAAUGUUGUACUUCUGAGUUGGGUUAUUUGGCACUAAUGAAAACAUUUCAAAGGUUACUAGGACGUUACGCUAACAAGAAUCUGAUUCUUAGUUAUUCAUGUCAUGCACUCCAGAGACCAAGUUUUCUUAGAUGUGGACGGAUGUGUUUGUGUUUCCUGCAACCAGCAAUUGUAGUUUCUUGCAUGAUUGAUUGCUUGGUGAUUUUGGUUGAUUAAGGUUAAAAGGAAGAAUGGAAUUUCAGGCUCCUCUUUUGGCUGGAGUUACCCUUGGAUAAUAAAGUUAGAAUAACUAUUGGAUAUUGUCAAUUGUAAUCUUGGUCAAAUGGAUUUUCUUGCUCUGGGGUGCUUUGCUGAAAUUACUUCUUCACCGUGAAUGUUGC